GUACCGGAGUGACUGACGUGUACAAUCUAGUGUGGACGUGCGAUGGCCACAUCGGCGAUCAGUUACGCGCGAAUGGUCUGUGGACGUUGAAGUCGCGGGACGGCGCGACGACGAUCUCGAGGCCUUCCCACCUGUAGACGAAACGCCAGCCAAGAUCAGAUCCGGGCAACAUGGUCCUGUUCACGAUAAUCGCGAGGGUGGCGGACGGUCUGCCACUCGCGGCCACCAUGCAGGACAACGAGCAGGAUGGCAAAAAUAUUGUGGAAUACCAGAAUCAAGCGAAGAUGCUGUUUAGGAAGCUGGGUCCGCAGUCUCCCAGUAGAUGUACUUUGGAAACCGGACCGUACCUUUUCCAUUACCUGAUCGAAAACGAAGUAUGUUACUUGGUGUUGUGCGAAAGAAAUUACAGUACACGCAUAGCGUACAGCUACUUGGAGGAUAUCGCGCAGGAGUUCCACGCUCAGUAUGGCAAACGCGUAAAUACAGUAACCAGGCCUUAUACCUUCAUCGAAUUUGAUACGUACAUCCAGAAAGCUAGGAAGAUCUUCUCCGACAACAGAUCUCGCAGGAAUUUAAACACGCUCAACAGCCAAUUGCAGGACGUGCAAAGAAUCAUGGUGCAAAACAUUGAUGAUGUUUUGCAAAGGGGUACUGUACUCUCGGAGUUGGACACCAAAACGCAGAAUCUGUCUAUGCUGUCACAAAAAUACAAAAAGGAUGCGAGACAUUUGAACAGUAAAUCAAUGUACGUGAAAGCGGUUGCCGGCCUUAUUGCAUUUUUGGUCUUCCUCUUGUAUUUCUUUAUUCUUUAGUUAAAUAAUAAUAUAACAGGCGGGAAAGGGAAUUCGAUAAUAUGAAUUUAUUCCAUCACCAGGGAUAGAUUUACACGUUAUAUUCAUCUCAGAUCCAUAGUUCUAAAAACAAUGUCAUCUAAAUUUCUGAAAGAGAAGUUAAAAGAUGUUCACGCUCUAUCAUACAAAAAUGAAUGUGAUUUUACUGGUAUACUCAAAUUGUCUAUAUAUAUAUAUAUAUAUAUAUAUAUAUAUAUAAUGUUCAUAAAAGUAUAACAUACAAAUUACACACAAUAAAAUGUUUGAGAAAUUUUUAGCGCUGUGCAAUGACAUAAGAACUAAUAAUUCUUUUGUUAUACAAUAUAGGAACGGUAUAUGUAUGUAUGUACAAUUUUUACUGUCAUAUUCUAGAGUGAUCUUAUAAAAAGACAAAAUGGUAAUAAUCGUUUUAAAAAUAUAGCAAAUGUGCUUGCGUAGUAUACUUAUUUAUACUACUCACAUGAACAUGUUAAUUUUCUACUUAGGAUAACGUUAAAUUAUCCUUUCUAAAUUAUCGACUCUGUAAAAUAUCAGAUAUGUAUUAAACAAAUGAAAUAUUAUUUUAUCCAUUCUCUUGCUGUGUAAAAAUUAAGGCACUGGGAGUCGUACCGUUCUCAUUCCUACAUUUCUUUAACCCAUGCUUAUUAAUUCUCUGCGAAAUUUUCAAUUAGUACAAGUCUAAGAAAGUAUAUUUAUUUAAUUAUGUGUUAAUUGUUGGGCGGUGUGCAGGUAUAUGUAUUAUCAAAAGAACCAAUAAAACAAGAUGUAUUAUA